CCUGUCCUACCCGACCUGCCGGAGCUCGGUCGGCCACCGCUCUGCAAACCUCCUGGCGCCGCCUCCUCCCUGCCAGCCAGGGGCUGCGGCGCUUCUGUGGGUGGGGGAAGGUAGGACUGACGCAGAAUGACAACAGCAACACGACAGGAAGUUCUUGGCCUCUACCGCCGGGUUUUCAGGCUUGCAAGGAAAUGGCAGGCGGCAUCAGGGCAGAUGGAAGACACCAUCAGAGAAAAACAGUACAUACUCAACGAAGCAAGAACACUGUUCCAGAAAAACAAAAACCUCACAGACAGAGACCUGAUUAAACAGUGUAUAGAUGAAUGCACAGCCAGAAUUGAAAUUGGACUACAUUACCAGAUUCCUUACCCAAGGCCUAUUCAUCUGCCUCCAAUGGGCCUUACGCCACUACAAGGCCGGGGACUUCGAACCCAGGAGAAACUGAGGAAACUUUCCAAACCAGUGUAUCUCAAGUCCCAUGAUGAAGUUUCUUAACCAGAAGUCAGUUUAUUUCCAAGAAUGAUGAGCCAUCUCUGUCUUAAAUGGAAACCAGAAUACAGCACUCUUCACCUUGAUUAGGGACAAAAAAACAAGCUUCUUCUUAGGACCUCCACAACUAGUCCUCAUCCAUAGUAUGUGUCUACACAUCCCAAGGGUUUGUUUGGGUCUUGCUGCCUGAGCAGAUGGCAUUAACCCUAGAGGUCACUAAAGUCACCUUUGGAAACAGGUGGGAGGAAAGCUGAAGGUGAUGAAAUUUUUCAUGGGAAUGCUGUUUGCCACACAUCAGCCAAUGCAAAGCAUCAGUUGUUGGUAUAGAAGUUCUUUUGGCUAUUCAAAAACUAUAAACUCCUUCAAAAUAUUUUUUUAAAGGAGACUUAUUUUUUGUACUGGUAACUGGGAUGUUUUACCACUGAGCUACAUACCCAUGCACGGCACCCACCUUCCCGCAUUCUGUUUGAUUUUGAGACAGGGCCUUACUAAGUUAAUGAGGCUGGCCUCAAAUUUAUGAUCCUACUGCAUCGGCCUCUUGAGUUACUGGGAUUAUAGGCAUGUGGCACUAUACCCAGCAAGCAAAAUGUUAUAGAUUUACAUAAAAGUGGUUGUUUCUGUGUGAGCUUGUUUAUAGUCUUGUGACCCUUUCAAUAUCCAGAUGAACUCCCUUUAAAAAGUUAAGAUUGAUCAUGGUGUUUCAAUAUGACCAUAGAAAUUUUAUGUGACACCUAUGCCCCCCCUCCCCAUACACAAAAGCUCAUGCCUUAGUUAAAUGUAUGUUUAUCUUUGUAUGUGUGUGUGUGUGUGUGUGUGUAUGUAUGUGUGCACUAUACAUGUGUGUGUACAUGUGGUAUGGU